UUACAGAAUCACUGAAAGAAUCGUCCUCAUGGCCACAGCUUUGGAAGACACCAGCAUGCUGGAGAAAGAGCUGACAUGCCCUGUGUGCCUUGACCUUUACAGAGAGCCCCACUUGUUGCGAUGUGGCCACAACUUCUGCCUUCAGUGUCUUCAGAGGCUGAAGAGCCUUUCAGAGCAUGGCCACCUGCGCUGCCCUGAAUGCCGUAAGAGCCACCACUGCUCCAAUCAAUGGCAAAAGAACUUCAAGCUCGCCAGCAUCGCUGAUGGCUUUCGACAAUGCAGACGUUCCCAGCGACCCAACCAGAGCCGACCAGGAUCGUCAUACAGGACUACUGAAGUGUGCUGUGAUUAUUGUGGGCCCGACAUCACUGGCCAUUCAGCCAAGAGAUCCAGAGCGGUGAAGACAUGCCUGAAGUGUGAGGUGUCCAUGUGUCCAGAGCAUGUGAAGCAUCACCUUGAGCUCCCUGCCUUCCGCGAGCAUCCACUGGUUGAACCACUGAGCGACAUGAGGAAGAGAAAGUGCAUAGAGCACGACAAGAUGUUUCGAUAUUACUGUAUGGAUGAUCGCAAGUUUCUCUGUAAUGCUUGCAAAAUUGAGGGAGGGCACAACAGGCAUCCAAUCAAAACGCUCAAGAAUACCAUGAAGGAUCUGAGGGGAUCUCUGGACACACAACUGCAGAAGGUGGACAAGAUGAUCAGAAGAGUAGAGAAAAAUAUGCAGAAGCAAAGAGAGGUAGAACAGCAAAACAAGGCCUUACUGGUGCAAGUGGACAGACAGGUGGACACGUUACGAGGGGUUCUGAUGAGCAGACUGGAUGGAUUCCUGUCAUCGCUCAGGAAGUGUGUGCGUUCCUACGAGUGGGAGAACAGCCUCAACAUCCAGCAGGCCUUGGUGCGAACUGAAGAGGACUGUAGUCGCCUGGGGGUUGUCCAUGCAGGAAUCAAGCAGCUGCUACAGGAGAAUGACCCGUUCCAGUUCAUUAAGGAAUAUAUGUCAUGUGCUAAAAGUUACCACAGGCUUCUGAAAAGACCACUCUUUCAGCCACAAGCUGUAACAAUGGAUAUUAAGGAACGUAUGGAAAGAAAACGGGAGGAUUUUAUGACUGAUCUGUGGGACCACAUCACCAUGAUCAUUAACACUGUCUGUACAGGUGGUUUGGUAAAUGAAGGUGAUGAAGGAGUGGAAGAAGGGGAGAUGGAAGACGACAUCGACAUAAACGAAGACGAAAAUGAUAGCAGCGACGGAGAUGAAGAGCAAGAGGAGGAAGUGUAUGACCACAGCGACUCUGCUUCUGACUUGUCCACAGAGGAGGAGGGGGAGUUGGAGUUGGGUGUAAUUGCUGUAUUUUUUUAA